AUGUUGUUAAAAAAUAAAAUUUUCACUGCCUUGAUAAUAUUAUCUCUCCUCAUAUCAUGUCUUACAUCAUUUGCAUCUCCCUAUCCCGGCUAUCCAAUUGCUGAAAGUGAACCAGAAAGCUAUCCAAUUGCGGAACGAGGCUAUCCAAUCGCAGAAAGUAAACCAGAAAGCUAUCCAAUUGCAGAACGUGGCUAUCCAAUCGCUGAAAGUGAACCAGAAAGCUAUCCAAUCGCAGAACGAGGCUAUCCAAUCGCUGAAAGUGAACCAGAAAGCUAUCCAAUCGCUGAACGAGGCUAUCCAAUUGCUGAAAGUGAACCAGAAAGCUAUCCAAUCGCUGAACGAGGCUAUCCAAUUGCUGAAAAGAGUCAGUUGAAACAACAAGCUUAUCGAAGCGAAAACAGAUAUGAAAUUAAGGAUCAUGUAAAAUUAUUUUCCAAGUAG